AUGACUAUAAUUUAUAAAAAGUUUGAGAAAAAAAAGUUGGGUUUAAAAUAUACUUUAAGUUCAAGCUUAAUCUUUGAAAAUGUGUUUUUUUGUUAUUUUGAUGUUUUUGUGUUUCUUUGUAUUUCAAGUAUAUGUUUGGUUGAUUCAACUUUAAGUUCAAGCUUAAUUUUGGAAUUGUAUUUUUGUUAGGAUGUUUUUGUGUUUGUGUUUUUACUUUGUUUUGUUUUGAAUGUUUCUAAGUUUUGUUUUUAAUUUAAGUUCAAGCUUAAGUUUGCAGAUGUGUUUGUGUUUGUUAAAUGUUUUUGUUUGUAUUUUGUGAAAAAUCUAUUUUUAUUAGUUUAAUGUUUUUAAGUUUGUGUUUUUGUUUUAUUUUGUUUUGAAUGUUUCUGUGUUUUGUUUAUUUAUUUUUUAAGAGCAAGCUUAAGUUUUGGUAAAUGUAUUUUUGUUUGUUGGAUGUUUGUGUUUUCGUUUUAUUUUGUUUUGAAUGUUUGUUUGUUUGUAUUUUAAGUUCAAGUUUAAGUUUUUAGAAAAUGUGUUUUGUUGUUUGAAUUUUUUCAUGUUUUUUUUGUUUUUAAUUUUAUUUUUAAUGUUUUGAAUUUUGUUUAUUUGUAUUUUUCUAAUUCAUUGAUGUUUGUGUUUUUGUGUUUGUUUUGAAUGUCUUUCAGGUUUUUUCUUGUUUGCAUUUUUAAUUCUAUAAUGUUUUUUUUUCAAAUUUUUGUUGAUAUGGCAGAAUGACCAUGGGAGGGUAAAAAUAAAUAAAUUGACCUUGAUUAAGCGAU